AUGAAGGGGCUUGUGUUUCUAAGUGUCUUCCUUGUGGCAGUCUAUAGCCAGAAACUGUUCAUUGGAGACCAAGUACUCAGGAUCAAAGCAGAAAAUGAUGAACAGAUUAGCAUUCUGCAAUCCUUGGAAACACAAGAACAUCUGCAGCUGGAUUUCUGGCUUCACCCUGCAAACCCAGAGUUUCCAGUAGAUAUUCGGAUUCCUUUUUCCAAUGUGCAAGCUGUCAAAGUCUUGUUGGAGUCCAACAAUAUCCAAUAUUCUGUCUUGAUUGAUGAUGUGCAGGCGGUAUUAGAUGAAGAGCAACAUGAGCUGGAAGUUAACCAAAAAAGGGAACGCCUCACAAAGAGCUUUAACUUUGGAGCCUAUCACAAGCUGGAGACGAUCUAUGGAUGGAUGGAUACCCUUGUCACUCAAUAUCCUAACCUUGUCUCCAAAAUCAAUAUUGGAUCAACAUAUGAAGGUCGCCCUAUGUAUGUUCUUAAGUUUAGCACUGGAGGAAAUAAACGCCCAGGCAUUUGGAUUGAUACUGGUAUUCACUCACGUGAAUGGGUGACUCAGGCUACUGGAGUCUGGACAGCAAAUAAGAUAGCUACUGACUAUGGGAGGGAUUCCUCCAUCACAACUCUUCUGAAUAGCAUGGAUGUUUUCUUACUGAUUUUGGCCAACCCAGAUGGUUAUGCAUUCACUCACUCCAAUAACCGUAUGUGGCGUAAAACACGUUCCAAGACUUCCGGAAGCUGCAUUGGAGUCGAUCCAAACAGAAACUGGAAUGCUGGUUUUUCUGGUCCUGGAGCCAGUAACAACCCCUGCUCUGAUUCCUACCAUGGCCCCUAUGCUCAGUCUGAAGUUGAGGUGAACAACAUUGUGACUUUCAUCCAGCAGCAUGGCCAGAUCAAGUCUUUCAUCAGUGUCCACAGCUACUCUCAACUCCUCAUGGUCCCCUAUGGAUACACAUGCGACAAACCUGCUGACUACCAAGAACUGGAGAACGUUGGAAAAUCAGCAGCAAGUGCCUUGAAAUCUCUGUAUGGAACCAGCUACCAGGUUGGAAACAUCUGUGACGUUAUCUAUCCAGCGAGUGGAGGCAGCAUUGACUGGUCUUACGACUAUGGCAUCAAGUACUCGUUUGCUUUUGAGCUGCGUGACACGGGCCGAUACGGUUUCAUCCUGCCAGCCAAUCAAAUCAUUCCUACAGCUCAGGAAACCUGGCUCGGCCUUAUGCAUAUCAUGCAAUAUGUACAGGCUCACCCAUAUUAAGAACUCCGAUUCAGGCAUGAAAACUAAACUUUUCCAUUACCUUCAAACUGUAUACUAAAGCAAUGUGUCUUUUCUGUUGGGGUGAUAUUGUAAUUUACACAAGAUUUAGAAUUUGGUGGGCCCCAGAGUUAUAGUACAAAUGAAUUAAAUAAAAAUGAACAAAUAAGUCAUUGAGGUUGGUCUCGUGUUGGUUCACAUAUUUUCCACAAUGACU